CUCGUCGACAAGCUCAAUGUCCUCCUCGGAGAAAUAUAAAUGUCUGACAAACCAGCAGUUCAAUGUCAUUCAAAGAAUUACUUUGUGGAGGUUCUUCUUCUGGAGCUGGAUCCUUCAUCGCUCUUUUGUCUUGGAGGUGUGAGAAAAGAUUGCUUUCGCUUCUCUGAAAGAUCGGCAUGUCAAGUGAUACCGUCGGUCAGAAUGAUGCAGAUGGAAAUGUCAAUAUUGCAUUGAAAAGAGCUAAAAUUAAGGGAAGCCAGCAUCCUUACAGUUCACAAUGGAUGGAUCAUUGGAUGCAAUCAAGGAGCAACUCGACAUCUCAAAUUCGAAAAGGCUUCACUGUUCCUGGAACGGGAAAUAAUUCAGAGUUCAGAGAGGCGAAAAUGUUAAGCAUAGAAGUAAUGAGAAGCAAGAUCACUGAAUAUCGAGAUGUUUGCCGUUCUGAACCUGGAAAGAAAUAUGUAAAUUCAGAUAUCCACUCGGAGAAGGGAAUUGCUGAUGACAAGAAGAUUUAUAGUUUGAGGAAUAAUGAAGAUGCUUCUGCAGAUUGGAAAAAGUUCAGUGCAUGUCAUUUUCCAAGGUCAGAAAAUAUGAACUUCGAGGGGAAUCACUUUCCUAUGUUUGACAUCAACCGUAAGAUCGAGCACAUCUUGUCCUCAAAGAAGAAAUCUAAAUGUGAUACAGUGGCUAUUAGAACAGCUGAAUCCCAAUUUUGGGAUUGUGAAUCUGUAUUGGCUUCCCAUGCAGUAAAAUUUGCUUCGGAGGAGCAUCGUUUUCAAAUAUGGAGUACAGCAGAAAGUACUGAUCAUGGGACAAGUUCCUCUAAGUCGGCAGAGGAUUCUCCAAGUGAUCAUGUUGAUCAUUCUGGACCAGUUUUCAAUUACCAUAGACUCAACAUGGCAGCUCCAAUGUACACUAGUAAGCAAGUAAGCCCGUUAAGUUCUAGACCACCUUGUGAUAUAGUUAACAAGGAAACUUACCGCACCUUUUUGGAGUAUGAUCAAUAUAACAGUUGCAAGCGUUUGCCAUUUCCGCCUUGCCUGCCUUCUGAAAUGAAAGACGACAACCAAAUGGAGGGUAGAAGUACAUCUCAGUUUAAAAACAAAACAGUGCAAUUACGAACAACUUGUUACCAAGAUGGUAUCUCUUUCCCUAUACUCAUCCAUGAACGUGAUAAGGAAAUUCUUUCUGAUAGCAAUAAAGUUUCGCCAAGUCUUGACUGUGAACCAGGGUUGAUCAAAUUCAGUGAUUUUAGGAGUCCAAAUCAGCAUAAAAUGCUGAAAUUCUCGGAUUCCACCCGGUAUUUUCCUCUCAUACAGAAUAUGGGAAUCAACUUGUCUGGUGGAGGCAAAAUAAUCCAAGAGCCAAUAAACUCUGCUGCUUCAAAAGAAGCCGCCUCUGUUGAAGCUAUUGCGCUGUCUGCUAUGUCACAGUCUCAUGAAAGAAGACCGAUGAGUUUGAAACUGCUGGAGAACUCAAUCAGUAGUGAAGAUCAAGAUCGAUCAGGCAUUAAUCCUAACACUGUCAAGAAUCAGCUUGAGUCAUCAGUCAAAACCAAAAGGAUUCACAGUGAUGCAAGACAAUCACCAGCACAUACAGCAGGUGUAAAUUCUUCAAGACCUCAAAAGCAAACAUAUUCUCUGGUGAAGGAAGCAAUAGUCAGACAUGCGGAGAGUGAUCUUCCACGAGUAAACCAACAUCUCAAGGAUUCAGAAAUAAGAGAAUCAAGCACCUCUAAAACAGAGAGCAUGGAUGAAGAUCAUAUCCUAUGCCAUGUUGAAAAAAUGGACAAUUUAGAAUCCACUCGACCUGUAGAAAGCUCAUUUUGCCUAGAAUCAAGCAACCGGUGGGUUAAGCGUCUCAGGCAUGAUCCUUCUGAGUAUUUUGCCCAUGGUACCAAGCGACUCAAAGUGGCCGAUGCUUUGGGCACUGGAAAAGGAUGUCCUCUGUACAACGGAGUACUGAAUUGCAAAGGAUCCAGCUCUGAUUUGUCGCCUUCUAGUAAAGAACAGAAUGAGUCAGAUAAGGCUGUAGUCUUAAAAGAAAAAGGAGAAUGCUCUUCAAAAGAACAUACAAAGGCAGUGAAUUCUUGGGUUAGGAGAUGGUGUUAUAGCAGUCAGCAAACCACCACUCCUCAAGUGACCCAAACAGUACCUGUGCAUACCAAAAUGGGGGAUACAAAUACUAUGCCUGAAAGAACCAAAGUGAAGCAAUUACCAAGCCUUGCAGCAAUGGCAUUGAUGGGGAGAUCAGUGAGUAGUUUUCGGCGUUGUGAAUUUCAGCGGAGGGGAUCUUCAGUUGUUUGGAACACAGAGCAGCCCUGAUUGCAACAAAUGGUCGUUCUCAGAAAGCUCUAAAGCCAAUAGCUGAAUAGUGUACAAUGAAGCUGAAAGUUCUCUCUCUUGCCAAGUCAAUAGAAUAAUUUUGCACUGGUACGCCUCAUGCUCAUAUUUGGUUUCUCAUUCUUAAGUCUUUUGUUGAACAUUAGGAUUGAGAAUCUAGAGUCAAAAUAUGGCUACUAUUGCAUGCAUCUUAUUGGAAACUUGAAACAUGUGGUUUCAAUACUGCAAGUUCUCUUCAAAGAAUUUGUUAGGUAUCCAUUUCGAUUGUGUCCAAACUCAAUUGACUGGGUUCGAUUUCAGAAUUCAAGCUGCAAGUCAGAAUUUACAUGCCAUAUGCCAAGCCACCAGUGGAGGUUUUUGUUUCUAAUAAUGCAUUUGCAAGUUCCAUUUCAAAACUAGUUCCAUUGGAGACCUGAGGUACUUCUUGUAUAUCUCUUUUGCACUUAAGAAUCAAGAUACAGUUUGCAUUGGUUCGAUAAAAAUCAAUUAUCUAGACCCCAAAAAAGGGUUGCUUGUAGCUAAAGAUUCUUUUCAUAUUCAUCAAGCAUGAGCGAACCUUGGUUAGAUGAGCUCCUGCAGAAAUGGAAUGUAUCAGGUGUCAAUAUGUAUA